AUGGACGAGAAGAUGUAUAUUGUGCAUAGACAGAUAGAGAAGAUUCCCGAGAUAUCUGGAUGUGUUAAGGUUGUGGAUCUACACAGGAACAAGAUAUCUGAGAUGGCAUUAAAUCGUGUGGAGUCGAUGGAGUAUCUUGAUCUUUCUGAUAAUAGGAUAGCAGAGAUAAAUGAUCUUGAGAAUGUUCCUAAUCUAAAGAUUCUAGAUCUAAGCUAUAACCUAAUUUCGACGGUAAAUAUACCUAUUAUGAAUCUUGAGGAGUUGUAUCUGAUUUCUAAUGAUAUACCUAUGAUACAUGGGAUAGAGCUGCCGAUGCUUCGAAAGCUUGACAUGGCAGCUAACGAGAUAUGCAGGAUUGAGAAUCUUGAUGGCUGCAAGAAUCUUGUUGAGCUUUAUCUUGGGAGUAACCAGAUAAGAGAAGUGGAGGGACUGGAUGAACUGUGUUUGCUGAAGACUCUUGAUCUACAGAACAAUGAUAUCUUAAGUGUUGACUGCUUGAAGAUACCCAGAAGUGUAGAGGUUUUACUUCUUGGGGAGAAUGUGAAUCUUGAGCAGAUAGAAAAUAUAGAAGCGUUAUGUAACUUGAGAAUUUUGGGAAUAGAAAAGACACGUGUAUUGGAAGUGUAUGAAGGUAAGUUUGAGGUGUGGAGAUAA